CUUGAAGAAGAAGCUGCUGCUAGUAAUUUCUAUCCAUGAGAAUGAAAGAGACGGAGAAUCCGAGGAAUUUCAAGGAAGAAAGAUGUGUUAAAUCAAGCGAUGCAUCAUUUAAUCGAAAGCAACCAUCUUUGGAACCGAGCAGUUCUUUGCAUUGACUUACAUGGAUUCCUUUUUUGCAGUCUGCAACCCCAACAGGUUCCAUUUCAAUCGGUAUGCUUUGCAAUAUAAGUCGAAGGUCUCCUCCCAGUUCAGAUAAAGUUUCUCCUCCUCUUCAAACUUAAGUACAAUAAAUCCUGUACCAAAUUUUAUCAAAGCAUUCCAAGAUGUAUGGAGCACGCACAUCUAGUCGACACUUCAGACCAAAUCCUCGAUAUCCAAAAGACACACGCGCUCGACUUCGUAGGCCUCAAUGGCAUGGUAAGGGAUAUCGUGAAGGUGGAGAUAUAUUGUUCUUUCAAUUACAUCGAUCCUGUUCUUCUGGUCGUGGAUUCAGUCGCUACUUUGAGUCCUUUGAGACAGCAAACAUGCAUGAUCUCCUCGAUGGUCUUGAGAAUGAAUUAUCAAGGGAAUACGAAUUGCCGGAGAAUUUACACUUCGAGUUUUUUCUUCGCAGAACACAGAUCAUAGGUGAAGAUGCAUUGGUCGGAAGCGUGUUUGAUGGGGGAGAAACAGUGUAUGCUAAGGUGUUUGACGACGAAGGCAUUGAAUUCGUCUGUAGUGGACCUUUUGACAACGUAUGGCAAGCGAAGGAAAGAAGGGGUGGACGAUGAGAGUCAAUGUCGAGCUGGUGAGCUGAAUGGAGUCGACUGUAACGAGAUGGUGUUAGGGUGAGUCAGAGUCGAAAUCCUAAAAAUUUCAACUCGCAGUUUGUAAUUUGUAAGUCGAGGAAGCUUUGAGUUUGUGUUCAUUCAUCCCAGCU